AAUAAGUUAUUGUUAUUUGACUUGAAUUGAUAGCAAACGGAAUCCUAUAAGAACUUUAUGAGAGAAUUGGCGAAACUGUUUAACGCUCAGUCCAUACAAGCGAAUCAAUUCGCAGAGAAUAUGUUUAAUUACGAGAAACGUAUCGCAGAAAUAACACCAGAUCUGGAAGAAUAUGAAGAGCCCAACGAUUAUUUGAAAAAACGCUACUCUAUUCGGGAACUCAUGUCAAUCGCUCCGUCCAUAAAAUGGCUUAAUUUACUGCAAAAUUAUUUCCCAAAUUCGCAGCUAAACGAAGGCACCAGAGUUUUAGUGGCUUUUGAACCCUAUUUGCGGAACAUAUCAAACAUCAUCUCAACUACAGAUAACGGGGCCGUCAAUGACUAUCUGAUGUGGCGCUUCACCUCCACAUACGCCCCAUAUCUGUCCAAAGCCUUUCGGCUCAUUCACAACGAGUUUCACCAAUCGAUGAAUGGUCUCGAGUCUAACAAACUUCGUAUGGCUGAAGAGCGCUGGGAGUUCUGCCUUAGAAUUACAUCCAAAUUCUUGGGUCAAGCGUUGGGCUCAAUGUUCGUCAAGAAUAAGUUGAGCGCCCGAUUAGAUCAGUCAAACGCCGCUAAAAGUCAUGUCAUUAAUUACAUUAAGAGCUCUGUCUUAGAAAAGAUGAAUUCAUUUGUGUGGGCGCGCAGUGAUGAGGCCCGGGAACUGAUCAAGAUGAAAGUCCGUCAGUUAGAGAUACUUAUAAGUCAACCCAAUUUUAUUCUCAAAAAUGAUAUCGAGAAGUAUUACAACGAAUUCAUUGUUCAAAACAGUUUCUAUCAAAAUAUAUUGAAUGGCAUUCAUUUCAAUAACCGCAAGAAUGAUAUACUAUUAAAGUCGCGAAAUUCUGUGUCGGACUAUAGCUGGAAGUUAUUGCCUCAAGACGUGGACAUAACGUACGAAUACGCGGGCAAUAAGUUGACACUAGCGGCAGGUUUUCUUCAGUUCCCAUUAUAUGAUAAAAACCUUCCGAUUGCUAUGCAGUUCGGGUCUCUGGGCUUUCAUGUAUCGGCACAACUGUUGCGCGCCUUUGAUUUGACGGGUUUGCAGUACGGCUCGGAUUUCCGGCUCACAUCCGAUCGUAAAUGGAUUACAGAAGAGAGACAACUAGAUUUCGAUACCAGACUUGAGUGUCUGUCCAAAGAUUUACAAUUUAUAUCAGAGAAGACUCAAUGGAUGUACCCCAAUCUGACACUAUCGCAAACUUACAUAGAUGUGGGCGCUUUGGACUUUGCUUUUGACGCCUAUAAAAACUUUGUGUCAGAAAAGGGCGAAGAGGCACAACUGUCCGGUCUUAACCUUAAUAAUGAACAGUUGUUUGCACAGGUAUUUGGUUGCAAAGAGUCAGCGCCUAUGAUAGCCGAACAGACCUGUCAUUUGUGGGCUUAA